AGAAGCCCCGCGCCGUCGCGAAUCCGAUCUUCUAGCAUUUCCCUUGCGACAACCCCUUCCAGUUCUCCAAAUCCAAAGGCCACCACGAUCAGGCGCUGCGAUUUUCCGCUGCGCAGGUGGUAGAUAACCACGCAAGGACAGCCGGCUUCCUCCCCUAAGAAUCAGAAGGUCCCUCUGGCCCCGACCGUUUGUUCCACGACGUGAAAGUGUGGAAAGAUCCACUUACCUCCCUCGAAAGAGUAGCCUCGAUAAAUACUUCACUUUUCCCGAGGAUGGCGCGCAUCCAGCGCCUUCCCUUCGAGCUGAAGGCGCAGAUCGCUCGUGAGCUGAGCGACUUCGACCUGUACGACCAACGCAACUACCGCAUCGACCCCUAUGGCCACAGCUUCUUCAACGGACACACGUAUAAGUGGCAGCCGUUACAGAAAGCAGGCGACAAGCCCCAGCUGAGUUUUCAGCCAGUUUACGACGAUCUGCGUGCGCUUUCCCUCGUUUCGAAAGACUUCCGUGACCCAGCGCAGCGCGCCCUCUUUGCCGUGGUCAUCGUUGGGGACCCCACGGCAUACUUCAAGCUCUUCCGAACUCUGCUAGAAUCUCCCCAAGUCAGAUUCUACAUACGGUGUCUCUUGGCCGUUUCAGUUCGUAAUCCUGACGCAGAGAAGCGACGUUCUGUGAUAGAAACGUCCCGCUGGGCUGCUUUCGUCGACAUACUCGGCGACCUUGCUCUCUUUGGCCGGCAUAAUACUUACGACCUUUGGAACCACCGUUACUUUUACAGACUCAGGUACCGGUUAUACCCACGCGGCCUUCCUGUGGUCUUGUCAUCGGACCGCGUAGCAUCAUACGAGCUUGAAAGCCGGAAGGUUUGCCAACUAGUCACUGAGGUUUUGCAUAGCAUUCUUCAGCUAUGCCAGUCGCUAAGAGCGUUUCAUUUACACUGCAGUAAUGGGUCUUGGAGGCAACAAGAAGAUCCAUGUACAUUCUGGCCUCUUCGUACAUGUUCCUCGUGGACAAAAGCGCUCGAAAGCGACCCUUUCCUUAACACUCUAACAAUUGACAUUCGUGCUCUGGAAGCUUUUCAUGGGUUCAUGAUGAUGGCCAAUGAUGGAUUUCCACCGAACAUUGAACAUCUCACUAUUGUUGGCUCAACAACCCACGAAUUCCGCAACAACACGCUGCGUAUGCGCCAUGUCUGCGGUUGGCUAAGCGCCCUUACCAGGCUGAAAACACUCCGAGUAUGGUACGGGAUUUGUACAGGUACUAUUGCUCUCUCACCAGUCCAUAACUGGAAUAACCUUCUUCUCAAGUUGAAAGCUACCCUGGAGCAGCUUGUGUUGGAUGGUGCUGGGACGCUGCUCCACUUGCGUCCCAAUAACAUCCUUGGCCCCCGGGUACUCCAGCAACAGCGGCUGUUUGGUCCAAGCCUUAUGCUAUCAUGCUUGCCGGAGAUGGAAAAGCUCAGAUACUUGAGUGUUCCGAUACACUAUCUCAGAAGAUGCCCGGACGGUAUGGAGCCACUUGAGUUUUUGAGCAUGCCUAACGAAGGCCAAGAUGUUCGCCAGUUUGUGGAAGCAGAUGUAAAGUUUCCGAAGUCACUCGAGAGGGCUGAAGUUAUGAUGGUUCAGCAAGUGGAGGAUAAUAGAGUCACAAAGGUCAAGGCGCUGAGGAUCGAUCUGGGCAAGGACGGCCACACAACUGGACAAAUAGUAUGAGUGAAGGAAGGGCGUAGGAAGGGUAAAGACGGAUGGCACAAAGUAGCAGGCAGCUUUCAAAUGCGAUGGAUCAUAACUCACGUAGACGACUCUGGAUUAUGCAGUUGGCUGUUGAUACUACUUGGGACAAAGAGAGGACGCUUACAGU